AUGGCAACAAAUACAACAGUAACAGAAUUUAUUCUCUUGGGCUUCUCGGAGAGUCCACGGGUGCAGACCAUCCUCUUCCUCAUUUUUCUUGCCAUUUACAUCACAACCUGGCUGGGGAAUCUGACAAUCAUCAUUAUUGUCAUUUUUGUGCCUCAGUUCCACACACCGAUGUACUUCCUUUUGGCCAACCUGGCUAUCAUAGACAUCAGUGAUUCCACAGUUACGUCAGUCAAAAUGCUGUGGGAUCUCAUCUCCCAUACCAAUUCCAUCUCCUACAACUGGUGUCUUGCCCAAAUUUUCUUCUUCCAUUUUACUGGAGGGACUGUGGUUUUUUUCCUAGUAGUAAUGGCUGUUGACAGAUACAUAGCAAUCUACAAACCACUGCAGUAUUUGCUUAUUAUGCAUGAAGGAGUUUGCAUUGGGUUGGUUGCAGGUGCUUGGUUGGGUGGCUUUGCGCACUCCAUUGUCCAGGUAGCAUUAAUACUUCAGCUGCCCUUCUGUGGACCCAACGUAUUGGACAAUUUCUACUGUGAUGUCCCACAACUCAUCAAACUGGCAUGUACAGACACGUACACCACAGAGCUGCUGAUGGUUUCAAACAGCGGAUUGCUACUCACACUAAUCUUCUGCAUCUUACUUGUAUCGUACAGUGUCAUUUUGGUAAAGAUCAGAACGCAUGUCACAGAAGGGAAGCACAAAGCCCUGUCUACAUGUGCUGCACAAAUUAUAGUUAUGAGCUUAAUUUUUGUUCCAGGAAUGUUCAUUUAUGAUCGUCCUUUCCAGGUAUUUCCAGGAGACAAAAUAGUCUCUGUGUGCUAUACUUUCAUCACUCCAAUGUUAAAUCCAAUGAUCUUUACUCUGCGAAACAGAGAAAUGAAAGGUACUAUUCGAAAAUUGAUUAGAAAAAUGAUGUCACUCGCAAUAAAAGAUGGAAAAUAA